UUCGGUGUUCUUUAGUGGCGAGAGUUUGCGAUGGAACGACCAGCGAUUCUUGUUCUUGUUCUGGCUUCGCUGUUCUCGGCAGGAUGUUGCGCCAAUAUCUUGGGCAUCUUCGCCAUGCCUUCAUAUAGUCACUAUACUUUGGGUCACAGAUUGCUGGAGGAGUUGGCUGCAAGAGGGCAUCAGGUCACGAUGAUCGCUCCGUACAAGCAGGAUAAACCUAUACCUAAUUACAAGGAAAUCUACUUGGAGGGUUUGGCUGACAUAAUUGGAGAGCAAAAGACAGUCUUCUUCGACAUGGAAAACAUGUAUCCCGUCAACCAGGUGAUCCUUUGCUACAAACUGGGAUACACCUUUUGCGAUUUUGUGCUCAAGUACAAACCGGUGUUGGAUUUCAUCAAUUCCAAUGUUACGGUCGAUGUAGUUAUCAUGGACCAGUUUUUGAAUGAAGCCUUGGUCGGAAUUGCUCACCAAUUGAAGGCCCCCCUCAUCUAUUUCAGCACACUGGGAACGUCCAUUUGGAAUAAUCACUUGGUGGGAAAUCCGGCGCCGAUGUCGCACAUCCCGCACAAUUAUCUCGAUUACCAAGGAAAAAUGGAUCUAUCAGAGAGAAUGCAUAAUUUCUUCUUGAACAGCAUCGAGGAAAUCUAUCGUAGACUGAUUGCAUUCCCGUUCCACGAUAAACUUCUUCAUGAAACCUUCCCGGAUGCACCACCUCUCCACGAGUUACUCUACAAACGGGAUUCUUUCGUUUUAGUUAACUCGCAUAUAAGCGUUAACGAUCCUACACCUCACGUUCCCAAUAUGAUAGAAAUCGGAGGUUUCCAUCCGAAGGCCCGAGAGCUUUCCAAAGAUCUGCAAAAGUUCCUGGACGAGGCUCCUCACGGAGUAAUUUUCUUCGGAUUAGGUUCCAACCUCCGAUCAUCUUCAUUACCGAAAGAGAAACGCGAUGCCAUCCUUAAGGCUUUAAGCAAACUCAAGCAGAAAGUCCUUUGGAAGUGGGAGGACGAGACUCUCCCAGGUCAACCGCCGAAUGUAAAACUGGGAAAGUGGUUCCCUCAACAAUCAAUCUUAGCACAUCCCAACGUGAAAGGCUUCAUCUCCCACGGAGGACUCUUGAGCACCAUCGAAGCCGUCUACUUCGGCGUUCCCAUAAUCGGUAUUCCCAUUUACGCAGAUCAAAAGAUGAAUAUUAAUCUUGCGGUUAAUCGUGGAUACGCGGCUAUGGUUCCAUUCAAAGAGCUCACCGAGGAGAAGUUGACCUGGGCUCUGAACGAAAUCCUCAACAAAACGUGUUAUAGAGAGAACGUGAAGAAGCGUUCGUCCUUGAUGAACGACAGACCGAUGAAUCCACUACAGGAGGCCGUCUAUUGGGUGGAACACAUAAUAAGGCACAAAGGGGCAUCGCACUUCCGGAAUGGUGCUAUGGACCUGAAAUGGUACCAAUACGAAAUGGUGGACGUAGCAAUCCUCGUAGGAAGCGCCGUUAUACUCACCUUGAUCAUAAUCAUCGUGGCCAUUCGAAAGGCCCUCUCGCCGAAACACAAGAACCAGAAGAGCAAAAGGAAAACACAGUAAUUUAUUUAUCAUUAUUAUUAUUUUUUUUGUUCUUCAUCCAUUCUCCAUUUUUAUUUCGUUAAUCUCUUACAUUUCUCAACAUACGAUGAACAAUAAUAUUUAGAUACAUGUUUUUAUUAUUAUUUUUUUAUUAGUAAUUAUUACAUAUUUUUGUUGGUUUCUCGAUUCAAGUUUUGAUUAUAUACAACAUUGAACAAUGUUUCUCUUACAUAAUUAUAUAUUUA